UGAUAAUUUAGCUGAUAAAUUAAAUCCUUUAUUAACUAGAAUUAAUUAUGAAACAGUAAAAGAAAAGUGUAAAGAAGCAUUAGAUGAAAUUCAAGAUUUUUUAACAACUAUAGUAGUAGAUAUUAAUAAUUUAUUAGAUGGUGAUUAA